AGCUGAACGAAGCCCAUUUCAUCUUUUGCAUACUUUUAUUGAAAUUAUCGUAUACUUUUGAGGAUAAAGAACCACUUGCGAUUUUGAAGACAACGAGGAGGCGGAAUGGUUGACUACGAGCAUUUCCUGAACCAGCUGCGACAAAAGGAAGCGUCGCCGCUAAUGAACCAUUUUCGAGGGUUUUUGGCACGAUUCAACUCGGAACGCCGCCCCAUAAUGCAGCAACGAAAGCUGGUGGCCAGCUUUUUACACUUUAUAUAUGGCGAAUCUUUGCAGAACGAGCUAUUCGCAGAGGCUGCAGAAGAUGCUGAGUUGGAGAACAUCCGGGAAGGGUGGGAAAAGCUCGUGAUGAUGAACAUUUAUGAUCAAGUGUUUGGGGCACCGGGUACUGAUGACGUGAAAAUGGGACUUCAUUUACAACGGAAGAUUGAGACGUUCCAGUGGCUCCAAGAACAUCACUUGGAUCUUCCAUUUUCCUUUCAUCACAACCUGGAGGUUGCCCAAGCUGAGCUUCUUCGCUUGAAUGGGUUUCGCGCUCCCCGUGACAAACUUGUGAUUCUACAUAACACUACGCAAAUCGUUGCAGAUCUUAUCCGCAAAGCAUCGGACGAGAAUGCCGGAAACGACCAUCUUCUUCCCACCCUCAUUUUGACAAUUGUUCGCGCCAAUCCCCCCAACCUGAUCGGCAACAUCAAGUACAUCAUGCGGUUUCGGAAUCAGACCGAGCUCGAGAAAGGGCCGAAUCAGUUUUGCUUGACGAAUAUGAUGAGCGCUGUCAGUUUCAUUUACAACAUGUCUCCAAAGAGCUUGACAUUGAGUGAUGAAGAAAAGGUGAAAUACGGGGUGGCAAAGGACCUUCCUCCGCGACCAGGCGAAGGCUCAUCCAUGCAACGGUCAGACUCGACUCCACAGGUUUCGCAACUAGCUUCCAAAGUAUACACAUCGACAUCAGGGUGGUUUAAUACGUUAAUCAGGGAGGCGAAGAUAUUUGGUGAGCAGGCAGCAGGAAAAGUGGACGGAUUCGUCAAUCAGGUGAUGGCGGACAGCGAUGAAGAAGAAAAUGACGGGCAGACGGGAAAGAAUAGACCGCCAUUGCCGCCGAGGCAACAAUCGGGGCAGAACGUAAAUUCCUAUCCUGGAAACAUAAAAACGACUGGGCCACAGACCGCAAAUGAACAGUGGAUGAUGGAAGCGUCACCGACGGUUUCUCCACUAAGUCCUGUUCCGGGACUUGGCGAAGAACCCCGUGCUACCCCUUCACCUCCUACAAGACCCACGGGUGAGCUGUCGCGACAGCAGGAGGCGGAAAUGGAAGAUUUUGAGCUACAGUUGGCGAUGGCCCUCAGUUUGUCCAGUAUGGAGGAGGAACGAAAGCGACGAGAAGAGGUCCCGGCAGGCGGUACCGGAGAUCUUAUGGACGCAGGUCAAGAAGAUGCCAGUACAACCAAGGAAUCAUUGUCCCCUAAACCGACCUCUGAUGGAUCAAACAGUGGAACAAUACCAUAUUCAAUCCCAGGCACAGCAGGGGAGGCGGUAUCGCCGCCAACCACGGAGGUCGCAAAUACCGCAGUCUCUGAUGGAUCCUCCGAAGUGGACGUGCCACUUUCGAAAAGCGAUACCGCCAAAGCAACAGACCCAACCCCUGCCCAGCAAGAGAAGGAAAGUCUAAUCUAGGGCUCUACUGUUUCUAGGGGUACAUCAGGAGAGAAAUGUAUGGUAGAUUCAACUUGCAUGUGAAUAAUAGUGUAUAUUUUGCUUACGCCGUGAAGUAAAGAGACAGUGAUAGCUUAAUAUCGGGGAAUGGUUUUACACUUGUAGGGAUCCUUUACGCGCGGUUAAGCUUCUCUAAUUCUUCCCUUAAUGCUGCAGCAACUGCAUCUCCCA